AACUACGCCUAUCGGGCAGAAAAAUGGAGAAGCCUCUUCAAUGUUCUACGUCUAAUAUUGCCUUUUCUUAUUAUUGAUAGCGAUGCUAACCAUCGGAUCAUAAAAGGACAUAUUGCAUAUUUGACGAUAGACUGUGAAAUAAUAUCGCCCCAGUCUACAGAGACAGUUUGGAACGCCGCUUGGGGACAAUAGGGACACGCUUCUUGACCGCAUAAAGGCUGGUAAGUAUCCGCGGGACAUUGCCUAUAAUUCCCUCCCUUUUUUAUUUGCAUUAAAGGAGUUGAGUCUUUAGGGAGCACACGUUUGAUUAGCCUCCUCACUACCGGUCCUGUUUGAAAGGUCGGCGACCGCAAGACUGGCUACGUUCUAGUUUUUUGUAGGCCGACAGCAAACGGUCUUAUUAAGCCUGCCUUCUUUACUACGCUUAAAAUUUAUUUUUCAACUCCACCCAACCGUAGUCAGUAGUCGUAAACAUCAAAUAUCCAAAAAAAAAACGUCGUUUGUUUUAUCCGUAAUUGGUCGUCAUUUUUCACGUAGGCGAACGAAGUGAAUAACCGAUAGAGUUUUCGUAUAAGGUAUUUAGUGCGCUACCACCAUCUUGUCAUUAUGUAACACUAUGAGGAAAAAAAACAAUUCUAAAAUAAUAGUUUUCGAUUUUUAUGUGCAAAUCCGAAGUAUUAAAAAAAAAACAGACUAUGAUCGGAUUGAUUAUUUUGAGGUCAACAUUAGAUAGGACUUUUGGUUCGAAGGCUAGAUCGUUAUUAAGAAAUCGAAUUUCGAUGAAAUAGUACAUUAUGAGUAUGGUAGAGGAAUAAAAACCCUGGUAAACAUGAACAUUUUCAAAAGCAGCUACUGACGUAGAAUUAUCGAUUGUACUCAACGACCUCGAUAAAACAGUCGGCGUAAGAUUUUGUCCAUUAUCUAGGACUUGUGUUAGAUGAGCUUUUACUUUGGUUGUUAUAAAUAGAAUUUGAUAAAACUCGUCAGAAAUCAAGGUUACAGCCCGAGUUAAGCACUGUUAACCCUUGGGUUCAUAAUAAAAUGUUCACUUAAAUUCUUUUAGACGCCCUAGUUUCUUCAACAUAAGCGUCUCAUGGUCGUAGGCUGAAAGUUGGUCGAUUAGAUUGGUCCCGUAUUCUAAGCUGUUAUUAAAUAAAUGUUGCCAUAGAUAGGAAUACGUAGCGAACAUGGCGCUUUUUCGAUGAACUGUUUAUCGGACACUGUAGGUACUUCAGCUGGCUGGAUCAAUCCAUGUCCGCCGCACGAUUUUUCACUGUUUUAUGAAUUCGUUUCGUAUCUUAAGGUGUUUUAAGAGUACGUACGUAUAUGUUAAUAGUUUUUAGACGAAGAGGACUAUUUAGAUUUUGUAUGAUCAAUCGACCUGUAGCACAUUGAGAAAAAUGCAAAAUGUCCUUUUGAACCCUUUUAAUAUGGACGAAAAGCCGCUCGAUUUAUCGUGCGACGGAAUAAACAGUCUAUCUCGUCAGAUGGAUGAGGCAUCGAAGGCGACGGAGAAAGUAACAGGAUACUUUGGAAUGACGAUAAGUAGACACGGUCCGGGAUACACUCCUACAGAUUUAAAAAGCACAAAAGAUUUUUCGACUUUUGUUAACAUAUGUCCGAAAACCACACCCGAUCAUAUGCCCAAUAUUAUUCCUGAAUCACUCCUGCAUUCUAGACCUAGAGAAACCCAAAUGGAAACUGAACAAACAGAGGAACUACCACAGCGUCUGAAGGAUUCUAACAAACGUUGUAUGUUUGAAGUAACUGGCUUCAAUCGUGAAUUAAUAGAAAAAUGGGAAAGAAAUAAUUCCAAUUGGCGUGAAUCUAGUGAACCUACCGCUAAUGCUACUUCCCCGUUCGUACCUCCAUCGCUUAUUCGACAGUCUCCUCAGCACUUGCCACGUACAGAUCGAGCGACAGUUGAGAGAGGUAGCGUUGAUAAUCUGAAUGAUGAACGCGCAACCGUCCGGAAACUAUCAAUUAAUGACGAUGAUGGGAAUAAAGGCCGACGAUCGUCGUCCAUGGGCGAUACUGUUCGCCUACCGCCGAAGAAAGCAUAUUUACAGGACUUGCAGGGACAGAAACACUAGAAUAUUGUUGUAUAUAUAUAUACAUAUAUACAGUUUGAAUUUUUUCGGGAUUACGCUCACAGACGUUUUUAAAAUGCAAUCUAUUUAUUAUAAGUCAAAAUCGAGAUCUAUCUUACAAAAUGAAAUUGUAUGUAUACAGGGUUUUGUAUAUUGUGUGUAUAAUAUCUAUAUUCCUAUGAUAACGAUCAUUGUCUUUAAUAUUACAUAAAGAGAAUUAUUAGUCUUUUUUCAUGCGUUGACUAGUCAUUCGAUAGAUGAUGCUGUCGCGUCCUGGAUCCAUAUUCCACAUCGUCAAUGAAAUACCAAUGGUGGCGAGAAUGAGUAUAAUCUGUAUACGAGGAAAGUGACAUUGAAAGUUUGUCAGGAAAACAAUGCAUUUGCUUAAUCAAUACGAGUGAUUAUAAUCUUUGUGUUAUAGUAGCAUUAGACUUGAAACCUAUUGUUCUAUGAAUAAGUUUGAAAUUAAACAAAUGAAAAAAAAAUUUACCAUAAGCCAUAACAUUAUAUUGAAAACAACAGGAUACGAUUCGGUAACGUUAGCAAAGUUCGGCUGUGUAAACAAAAUCAGUAAUUGUAUAUGUUAUUCUCAAAAAAAAGAAAGGCCUACAUCUUUUUUAGUGUCAGAUGAUUUUUCUUGAAGACUGCGGACUACUCUUAAAUGAGGUCCAUCGACGACAGAUGGCAGCACUACUUGUUCAAUGACUACGUUUCCAUUGUAAAAUUUUUUAAAUAGCCUAGCGGC